AUGGAUGAUAUUUUUGGCAAAAAGAAGGAGGUCGUCCCCAUUCUCGACCUCUCGAAGUCGAGCGCAACAACGCGGGAAGAGUUUAAGCGUAUGAUUGAGAAGGUUCCGGACUACAAGAUGCGCCCGAUCAAGGUACGCUCGGAUGAGAUCCGGUUCAAGGAGAAGGAGUAUGGGUUUAAGAUGCAGAAAAAGGAACUCCGGAUGCUGAUGAAAAAUAGUGGCGAGCGGGAUAAGCUGUACGCGUACAUGGAUCCAAUCCCGGCCGAGAUGCGCAAUCUGGUCAUAAUGGAGCUGUGCAGUGUACCGAUCGAUUGGAAGAUGCUUACGAGCCAGCGGCCCAAGACAAAGGUAGAGGAGGAUUACUUUAGCAAAUUGGUAGAGCUAGGAAAGCUGCAGAUCAAAACAAUCCAACGAGACAAGCGGGAAAAUCUACUCGCCACCUCGGUGCGCAAGGUAAAGAACCGCUCCGGCAUCAUCGAAUCGCGUGUCUUCACCUGCAACGAGUGUAUGGAAGAAUUUUGCAAUGGGAAAACUUGCGCCGACUUCAACUACGACCUAUACACACGGGUCGUACCGAAAGUGCCGCUGCUGAAAACCAACUCUCAGCAACAAUUGUCACUCAACGGUGGCGGACUGGGUGGUGGUGGUGGUGGUGGUGCGGGAAGGAUGCUGGGUGAUUUGCACCAGAAAAGCAUCGACAGUGGUAGCGGUACGGCCGGCGCUACAGGUGGAAAGAAGGGUCGUAAGGGCCGCAAGAAGGGCUCUAAAGCGAAGGCAAAAUCGGUCGAGGCGGCUGAUGAGGAGGGCAAUCAAAGUACCGGCGGAAAUGCGGCCGGAGGUCACGGCAAGAAAAAAGGCAAACGGUCGUCACGUAGCAAAACGCCACCGAAGUCAAAAUCGAUGGAAAAGUAA